AUGAAGAUGAAGGCGAAGCUUAAGGAACAGGUGGAUAAGGUGCACAUGUCCACCAGGCUCGCGUUCGAGAACAUGGACACCAGAUCCAGAGUCACACAGGGGAUCAGAAUAGGUACAGCUCUGGCUAGUGUGGUGCUGAUUAUAACCCUGUUGGCAGGUGCUCAUAAUAAUCCUGAUAAUAUUUACACCGUGAGACUGGAUACUUCUAAAAUUGAUGUUUCAAAAGGGCUGUUCACAGCUUUAAGAAAUGAUUUGUCUCAUAAUGAAAUGUUGGAUGGGAAUUUUGGUGCUGGAUUAACAUCUUCUGAAGUUAUUGCUCUAUCUGAUUAUGCAGAAGCUCAACUUGCUAAAGCUCCAGAUUUUAUAACAUCUUCAUUAUAUGGUUGGUGUUCUACAACUCAUGAUUAUAAAAUCCAAGGUGAUUAUUUAACGAGUACAGAUUAUACAUUUAAGAUUGCAAAUUCUUCAAGAACUUGUUCUAAACCUGUUAAUUCAUAUUUUUUUGAUUAUAGAAGUUUAUUAUCUCAAUCACAUUUUGAAAUCAUAUUAGAAUAUGCUUAUGGAUUCACAGGGAAUAAUCAAAAAUAUAUUGAUUAUUUAAGAUCUCAAGAAAAAGCUGCAUUUGCUGUACCUAGAUUAUUAAUCUUUGUUGCUGUAUCACAAGUUGCAUUAAUUUGUUUAUUAUUUGCUUAUUACAAUUUUAAAAAUGAUGGUACUGAUAUAUCUAAAUUAUUUGCUCAUAUAAGCUCAGGUAUUUCUUUAGCUUCAUUUGUUGCAUGUACAGUGGCAUGUGUCACCAUGACUGUUAUUUAUUUGAGAUUUAGAACUGAUAUUCAUAGAGAAUUAUCACCAUAUGGAUUAAAAUUACAUUUAGGUACUGCAUUUUUCACUAUAUUAUGGUUCAUAUUUGCACUAUGUUUCCUUUCAAUGGCUUCAUGGGGUGGUCCAACUUGGUGUGCACCACCUCCUAUUGAAUUAGAUGAUGAAGUUGAAAGUCAAAUGGCAUUUUUGGUAAAUGAGAAUUCUGAGACAGAUUCAGGUGGAUUAACUUCUAAACCAACAAGAACAUCAACAAAAAUGUCAAGAAAAUCAAACAAAUCUAUUAAAUCCAAAAAAUCUACUUUCCGUCAAUUUACAAAAGAAAUCGGAAAUAAUGAACAUCCAACUGAUAGAAGUGUUUCACCUCCAAAUAAUUUUUUAACUAAUGAAGAAGAAGUUGUAUUGAAAUCUAAUGAUACUAUAUUCCGCUCUGGUACUUUUAGAUAUUAG